CCGCCGCCUUGUUUGAAUUUGAACAGAAAGGAGGUUGGAUAGAUAACGAGUCGGAGCGGAGGAGGAUUCUGAAUAUGGAGACUUCAUUAGAAAAGAAGCAGCAGCAGCAGUCCCUCAGGAUGUCCCGUCUCCCGGUCCCACCCAGGAAGAGGCAGCUGAGCGACGAGAACCAGGAGCAGAUGUCGAGGGUAAAGCCGGUCCUGGGGAAACGCCUGAGAGCUUCAUCCCCCGAAACUGAGCUGCCGAAAGUCCGGGUGGCAGCAAGCAUCGCCACUACCAGGCCCCGCGUGGCUCCUGCAGUGGCUUUCCCUAAACCUCCAGUAAUCGGUCGGCAGUCUUUGGCAGUAAUAAAUCCAAGAAACAGAGCAAAUGUUACGGGUAAGCGAUGGCAGGGAGGAGUGAAGGUAAGUAUUAGUGCAACAACCCCGGCUCCGCUAGCAGGCGCAAAGAAGCGUGCCGCCUGGGACUUAAAGGGUCAGGUGAACGAUAUGAAGGACAAGAUGACUAAUUACAAAGGAAAGGUGCAAUGCCUCUCCGGAGAGAACGCUCGUCUCCUGAGCACCAAGGAGCAGCUCCAGAAGCACGUGGAGACAAUGAGUAUUGAGAAUGCUGGUCUCAGCGAACGGCUAAGAACUGCGGAAUUUAAGCUGCAGUCCCAACAGCAGAGACUGACUAACUCGGAGAGUGAGGUUCAGCGACUGACUGGCCUUUGCCAGAGACAGGAAAGUGAGCUGUCGAAUGAGAAACAGACUGUGCAAGAGUUACGGGAGACCAGUCACAGUCUUGCAGAACAGCUCAAGGAUAAGGAGCAAAAACUGAUUUGUCUGGAAAGGGAGAACUCCAGACUGAAAACACUUGUGAGUGAUCAGAGUGCGGAGAUCUCUUCCCUGAAACGUACCGUGGAAGAGAGAGAUAUGCAAGUGCAUACGCUGGAGACUGACCGGAGGAGGUUACAUAACACCAUCCAGGAGUUAAAGGGCAAUAUACGUGUGUUUUGCAGAGUGAGGCCCAUCCUCCAAACUGAGAAGAACCUUCCUGCUGGAAAUCUCAUCUUCCCUCCUAAUGAUGAGAAGGCCAUUGUUUUAACAAAGGUGGAGGAGUCCCACAUUGGCAGAGAAAAGAGCCAGUCUGUGAAAUAUGACUUCAACUUUGACUGCAUCUUUCCAGCGACCACUGGCCAGGCAGCCGUGUUCGAGGAGAUUUCAUUGCUGGUCCAGUCUGCCCUUGACGGAUAUCCAGUGUGCAUAUUUGCAUACGGACAGACCGGCAGCGGGAAAACCUACACCAUGGAGGGUCCAGAUAACGUCUCUGUGGAAACAAUGGGGAUGAUCCCUCGGGCCAUCCGGCAGAUUUUCAGCAGUGCAGCGGAGCUGAAGACAAAGGGUUGGGAGUACAAAUUUACAGCCAGUUUCCUGGAAAUCUAUAACGAGUCGAUCCGAGAUCUGCUGGCGAACCGGCCCGAUAAGAAACAUGAGUACGAGAUCCGCAAAGUGAAUACCACCAGCAAUGAAGUCUACGUCACCAACCUGCGCUACGUGGAGGUCUCUAGUGUAGAGGAGGUACAUGACCUUCUCCAUGCGGCUAAAACCCAUCGCUCUGUGGCUAAAACUGCGCUAAAUGACCGGUCGUCUCGUAGCCACAGUGUGUUUCAGCUGAAAAUUGAGGGCGAAAACAAGCUGAGAGAUGUCCAUACAUCGUCUGUCCUAAGCCUGAUUGAUCUUGCGGGGAGUGAGCGCCUGGACCGGUCACUAUCAACUGGCGAUCGAUUAAAGGAAACGCAAAGCAUUAACACAUCACUGUCCACCCUGGGCAUGGUGAUCACCUCUCUGUGCAACAAAGACUCGCAUAUACCUUAUAGAAACAGCAGACUGACUUAUCUCCUGCAGAACAGCUUGGGAGGAAACUCAAAAGUGUUGAUGUUUGUGAACAUUUCUCCUUUGGAGGAAAACUUUACAGAAUCUCUGAACUCUUUACGUUUUGCCAGCAAGGUGAACGAAUGUGUGAUCGGCACAGCUCGGGCAAACCGAAAAUAAUCUGCCCGUCUUCUCAACUACAGAAGAACAUUUCU